AUGUCUGCCAUGGUCUCAGCUCUAGCUCAAGUGAUUGGAAUCACUGACCAAACCCCAGUGGUUCAAGUGCCCGCCGAGCCAUUGGCAAACCCCCUGCCCAGCGCCACGGAAUUGCAUGACGAUCAACCUCCUCAACUGCAGGCUGCUCAAAAUCAAGGUAAUGUGAGGAGAAGGCACUAUAGAGGUGUGAGGCAGAGACCUUGGGGAAAAUUUGCAGCGGAGAUUCGUGAUCCAAAUAAGGCAGCCCGAGUGUGGCUUGGAACCUUCGAAACAGCCGAGGCUGCCGCACUUGCUUAUGAUGCGGCAGCUUUGAGAUUCAAAGGAAGCAAAGCUAAGCUUAAUUUCCCAGAAAGAGUUCAAGGAGGAGCUGAGUUGGGUUACCUCACAACAACUGGUCCACAAGACUUAGCAGCUGGGGGGAGUCGAAGAACUGAAUUGGCUCAUCACAAUCAGCCUCUUUCUGAUCAUCAAUAUCAACUGCAGGCAAAUCCCAAUGAUGUUAAUUUUACUCAACCUGAUCAAUAUGCACAAUUUUUUCGAGGCGGUAAUUAUGAGAACCUAAGUUACGAUGUUUUACCAAAUACUUUUUACGAGAGAGAAAGAUCAUUUGUUUCCCAGACUUUAUCAGCUACCACUACUACAUCUUCAUCAUCAUCUUCAGUGCCUUUCGUACCAUAUCAACAAGAAGAUCAAGAUCAACAUGUACAACAACAACAGCCGUUAAGCUUUUCUAUGGCGCAGCAGCCGUUUGGUUCUUCUUCUUCUUCGAGUUCAGACCCUUAUAAGAAAAAGAAAGACUUUGGACAGCACCCUUAG